AUGAGUAAACUUCAGAUCCACCAAAGAAUUCACACAGGAGAGAAGCCGUUUGACUGUUCUGAAUGUGGUAAACAGUUUUCAGAGAGAAGCAGUUUUCAACGCCACAAAGUAAUUCAUACAGGACAGAAGCCAUAUGACUGUUCUGAAUGUGGUAAACAGUUUGCACAGAGACGCCAUCUUAAGAAACACCAAAAAAUUCACACAGGAGAGAAGCCAUAUGACUGUUCUGAAUGUGGUAAACAGUUUUCAGAGAGAAGCAAUUUUCAACGCCACAAAGUAAUUCAUACAGGACAGAAGCCAUAUUGCUGUUCUGAAUGUGGCAAACAGUUUUCAUGGAGAAGCUGUCUUCUGCGCCACCAAAACAUUCACCCAGCGGAGAAACCGUAUUGCUGUUCUGAAUGUGGUAAACAGUUUUCUGAUAAAAGCUGUUUUCAGCGCCACCAAAGAAUUCACACAGGGGAGAAGCCAUAUUGCUGUUCUGAAUGUGGUAAACAGUUUGCACAGAGACACCAUCUUAAACACCAAAAAAUUCACACAGGAGAGAAGCCAUAUGACUGUUCUGAAUGUGGUAAACAGUUUUCAGCGAGAAGCAGUUUUCAACGCCACAAAAUAAUUCAUACAGGGCAGAAGCCUUAUUGCUGUUCUGAAUGUGGCAAACAGUUUUCAGCGAGAAGCAGUUUUCAACGCCACAAAAUAAUUCAUACAGGGCAGAAGCCAUAUUGCUGUUCUGAAUGUGGUAAACAGUUUUGACAGAGAAGCUGUCUUCUGAGCCACCAAAGCAUUCACACAGGGGAGAAGCCGUAUUGCUGUUCUGCAUGUGGCAAACAGUUUACAGAGAGAGGCAAUCUUUAUAAACACCAAAGAAUUCACACAGGAGAGAAGCCGUAUUGCUGUUCUGAAUGUGGCAAACAGUUUUCAGCGAGAAGCAGUUUUCAACGCCACAAAAUAAUUCAUACAGGGCAGAGGCCAUAUUGCUGUUCUGAAUGUGGCAAACAGUUUACACAGAGAGGGCAUCUUCAGAAACACCAAAGAAUUCACACAGGAGAGAAGCCAUAUGACUGUUCUGAAUGUGGCAAACAGUUUUCAUGGAGAAGCAGUCUUCUAAGCCACCAAAGACUUCACACAGGAGAGAAGCCAUAG